AUGAUUAUGCAAAUACUAUUUCUCAUGAUCAUUGUCAUUAUCGCCAUGCUCAUAACAUUGCCUAUAUAUGCUCUGGCAUUUUCUGCAGUGCCAUAUUCGGCUUUUUUGGGGGAGACCGGCUUCUGCACUGAAGUCGUCAGGCAGAAGACCGGUUUCUGUGGUGGUGUAGUUGGUGGUGGAGGAGGUGGAAGUGUUGGUGUAGGUGGAGGAGGUAACAUAGGUGGUGAUGGGAAUGUUGGUGCAGGUGGAAGAGGUAGCAUAGGUGGUGGUAUAGGAGGCGGAGGUGCAGGUGGAAGCAGUAAUGUUGGAGGAGGAGGCAACAUAGGUGGUGGUUCAGGAAGAGGUGGAAAUGUUGGUGUAGGUGGAACAGGUAGCGUAGGUGCAGGAGGUGGGGUAGGUGUUGGUGGUGGUGCAGCUGGAGAUGGAAAUGUUGGUGGAGGUGGAGGAGGAAGUGUAGGUGCGGGAGGUGGUGGAGUAAGUGGAGGAGGUAAUAUAGGCAGUGGUGUGGCUGCUGGUGGAAAUGUUGGUGCUGGUGGAAGUGGUAGCAUAGGUGGUGUUGGUGGAGGUGGAGGCAGUAAUGUUGGGUAG